UUUGUCCCAUCUGUCACAGGACUUUUGUCCCAUCUGUGUAAUGGCGGCGAAAAUAACGAAGUCUGUAGCUACGUUUUGGUUUAUCUUUACUUUAUGUUGCUCAGAAGUUACUUCACUUGAUAAUGGCUUAGCUUUAACCCCCCCAAUGGGUUGGAUGGACUGGGAGAGAUUCAGAUGUAAUAUUGAUUGUGAGAAUGACCCUGARAAUUGCAUAGGUGAAAGACUCUUCAAAGAAAUAGCAGACCGCAUGGUUAUGGAUGGAUACAGAGAUCUUGGCUAUGARUACAUUAGUAUUGAUGACUGUUAUACUGAAAGGAGCCGUGAUUCAGAUGGCAAUUUACAUGUUAACAGAACAAGAUUUCCAAGUGGAAUCAGAUCAUUAGCUGAGUAUAUCCAUGCAAGAGGACUUAAACUUGGAGUAUACGCUGAUGAUGGAGUACUGACCUGUGCAGGUUAUCCCGGUAGCUUAAAAUACAUGCAGCAAGAUUCAAAGACGUUUGCAAGUUGGGGAGCUGAUUAUGUCAAGAUUGAUGGUUGUUACAAUGAUCCUGCAAAUAUGUCAACUAGUUACCCAGAAUUCUCUAAUGCCCUAAAUGCCACAGGGAGACCAAUGGUCGUAAGCUGUGAAUGGCCUUCAUACACUGAAUCUAGACAUAUUCCGACUGACAUGAUGAAGGUUGCACAAUAUUGCAACACAUACAGAGAUUAUGAUGAUGUCCAGGAUUCCUGGGAUAGCAUUCUGCAYAUAUUGGACUAUUUUGCUGCUAAUCAAGAUAUAUUUAUAGCUGCAGCUGGUCCUGGCCAUUGGAAUGAUCCUGACAUGCUUACUAUUGGUAAUUUUGGACUGAGUGAUGAUCAGUCAAGAGCCCAGAUGGCAUUAUGGGCAAUAUUAGCAGCACCACUAAUAAUGUCAACAGACCUAAGAACAAUUGCAGAUCGACACAAAGAAAUAUUACAAAACAAAGAAGUAAUUGCUGUUGACCAGGAUCCACUUGGAAAGAUGGGAAGACGAUGGUUGAAUGUUUCUAAUACUGAGGUUUGGUCAAGACCUUUGUCGGAUGGAUCAAUGGCUGUGGUUCUGUUGAAUCGUCGAACUGAUGGACGGCCGUUUAAAAUGACAGCUCCUUUUAAUAAGGUUGGUUUUGAUGCUGUUCUAGCUGCAGCGCGUGAUUUGUUUGCACACAAAGAUCUAGGAAACUACAAUGGGACCUUUUUUGCCCAAGUAAACCCCACUGGGGUAGUGAUGGUAAAAUUAACUAAGAUAAAAUAGACUCAUCAUCAACAUUCAAGUGGAAAGCAAUUUCAAAUUCAAGACAUCCUUUCUAUUGAGAAAUUUUAUUUUAAAACCAAUUUUCAAUCAAAAUGAACUAUAGACAGGAUGUCAUCAAGCUUGUUUAUGCAAAUCCUAAUGUCAAUCUCAGUCGUUCUCGGUUGUGGUUGUUAUUGGCCGAUGUGUUCCAGUACUUGAGGAAACUUGUUCAUCAGUUGGACCAUCAUUCUAUCUAUAUAUCGCUUCAUCUCUUUGUUUUCAUCUGUUAGCUCUGAAUACAAUAAUGAUUGAGAUUCACGUUAAGUCAUGAUAAUAUAUUUACAACUAUUUCUCCAUAUUAACUAAGAUUAUGAAAUUCUCAUUUUGUACAAAUUUUAUUUCUAAUACAAAACCUGUCAUUCUCCAUUGUGCUGAUUGUACUUCAUGACGUAAUUGAGUCAAUUCUUAUACGAGUAGUUUACGAGGGAAUUUACUGCCUUUCAAUUCUGACAUGAAUGAUAAGACUAAAUAAUCACAGAUGCCCCUAAGGGAUCGAAGGAGAUGGGGUGGUGAUGGGAAGAUAUGAAAUUUAUUCUGUUGUACAAUCGCGAAUCUGUAUUUCAUGAAAAUAUUUCUAUUGUUUGAAUACUUUUCCGACGCCAAAUUCAACUGAAGCGCAACAAAUACCUUUUGAGGAACAUAAUAUUCAUUUUCUGUCUCRGACCUCAAAGGAAAUGAAGAAAAAUACAAUAACUUUGAUCCUUCUUUAUCGCGCCUUGACAAAGUUUCUCGCUGCAUAAACUACAUGCAAGGCGGAAUAUUAAGACUGUGCAAGCAAAAAAAGUCGCGGUAUGUGAUAAAAAUAGUAUUCUUAUCAACUACUUUUAUUUCUUGUGGUUCCAUGCUCAGAUUAAACAAAUCCUCUCGCG